GAGGACAGCGGAGGAUGAGGAGGAGAUGAGCUGAGGACGCGCCGGUCGGACAAGUGCUUCUCCGUGUCACCGACCUUAUCAAGCACAGACAUAGAGGUGUGAUUUGGGGAAGAGCCUAACCUGAGCAUAGCGUCAUGCUCGAUCUACUGCGCCCCCUACUGGCCGUCUGCUCGUACCUGCUGCUGCUGCUGCCCGGCGGUCAGGGCAGGAUCCCCUUGUACAACAACGGCUUUCACUACCAGGACAUCGGCAACGGCGACGGCAACGGAGAGAUCUAUUUCAAUGGGGUUCGUCUCCACGUGGAAUCCCCGCAGCCUUCGGUGUCGGCCACCAGGGGGAGCAGCGUCACCCUUCCCUGUCACUACCGCUACGAGCCUGAACUCACCACACCGCGCAGGACCCGGGUCAAAUGGUCCUGGCUGCCUGCCAACACCAUCUCUGCACUCGCUUCCCCUGAAGCCUUCGCCGGGGAGACUGAGGUUAUGGUCGCCAUGGGCAACCGUCACCGCAGCUACGGCAACUUCCGGGGCCGUGUGCGCCUGAGACGCUCAGCGCCAGGGGACAUGUCUCUGGUGAUCGAUGAGCUGCAACUCAAUGAUACAGGAAGGUAUCGCUGUGAGGUGAUUGACGGCCUGGAGGACGAGAGUGUGACUGUGGAUCUGGAGCUGCGAGGCGUGGUGUUCCCCUACUACUCUCAGAAAGGACGCUACCAUUUUAACUACUUUGGGGCCCAGCAAGCGUGCCAGGAUCAGGACGCCGCUCUGGCUACGUUUGAGCAGCUCUUCGCAGCGUGGGAGGAGGGGCUAGACUGGUGUAAUGCCGGCUGGUUGGCUGACGGCACAGUGCAGUAUCCAAUCACAGCCCCACGUGACGGCUGCGGGGGCGUGAACUUAGCUCCUGGUUUGCGUAGCUACGGGCAACGACAUCGCCUCCUCCACAGCUUUGAUGCUUUCUGCUUCUCCGCCUCUGUCAAGGGGACUGUAUACUACUUACAGCACCCGGCCAAGCUCAACUUCACUGAGGCCGUCCAGGCUUGCGCCAGUGAUGGAAGUCAAAUUGCCAGAGUGGGCCAGCUGUACGGCGCCUGGAGGCUGAUGGGGUUGGACCACUGUGACGCUGGCUGGUUGGCCGACGGCAGCGUGCGUUAUCCUAUCGCAAAAGCGCGGGCUAACUGUGGCCCGCCUGAACCAGGGGUGCGUAGUUUUGGGUUCCCCUCACUGUACCUAAAGUUUGGUGUCUACUGUUAUCGGUAGAUGCUCGGACUCAACACGAGACAAUUAAACAAACCAUUCUAACAGCGCACUGGUUAAAAGCUCUGCUCGGGAGGUUAGCAUUAGCUGUUAGCCAGUUUGUUCUUUUCCGUGCUGUUUUGAAGUGAGACCAUUUGGGUUCAUCACUCUCCACCUCCAUAAGACUUUAACUCAUGUCUCAGUAUUGAAAUUUACUACUAGUCAACAACGUUUUUUGCACUCGUACUUAGACAUGUCCAUACUAUAUGGCCAGAAGUAUGUGGACACUGCAAAAUGACACCUGUAUGUAAGUGCCGAUCAUCUUAUUCCAAAACCAGAGGGCAUUCGUAUGCUGCUAUAACAGCCAUCACUCUUCUGGGAAGGCUCUCUACAAGAUUUUGGAACCUGGCUACAGGGAUUUGCUCACUUCAGCCGCAGAGGCAUUACUGAGGUCAGCCACUAAUGUUUGGUGAUAUUUCAGUUCAUCCCAAAGAGGUUGAGGUCAGGGCUCUGUGCAGGCCAGUUAAGUUCCUCCAGGAGAAAACUGGCAAAACCAUAACUUUAUGGACCUCGUUUUGUACAAAAGGGGCACUGUCAUGUUGAAACAAGAAAGGACUUUCCCCAAACUGUUGCCAUAAAGGUGGAAGCAGACCACUGUAUAAAAUAUAGGUAAAUGUUUUGUUGUAGCAUUAAGGUUACCCUUAAUUCAAUCUAAGGGGUCUCAUCCUGGCAGUGAAAAACACCCUCAGACAAAAAAAUACAUAGAAGUAAAUGGACAGGGAUGUCCACAUACUAUUGGCCAUAUAGUGUAUAGCAACCUAACCACAACAACAACCUGCAGAAACAAGAACAACCUGUUCUUGCUUUCAGUUAUUUUGGCUGCAAAAUACUCCUCACAGAUCAAAUCAAGCUAAUUUUGCUUUAAAUUUUUUUUGCAACUGUUUUGAAAUUUGUGACUUUAAUUCACAGAUGAUUCAUUUCACACUCGGGGAAGGUAUUCGGACUAAAAUAAAAAAAAUAAAAUAAAAAACCUCAUCAUAAUUAAAAUAAUUCACUGCUCUCCAACCACACGUCAGUCCUUCACCUACCCUGUAUUUAUUCAACAAGAACGUUUACAUUGUCUUCUCCAGCAGUGCCCUCCAGGACAUUGCAGUCAAACAGUAACAGGACAGACACACAGAACCUGUCAGAUCUUUCUCGUUGGUCCGUGACUGCUCACUCAAUAACUGUAGUUAACUUCCACCACGCCGCUCUUUCUGUCUUUGUAAAACUGUGAAAUAUACUGUUGAGUCUCUGUUCGUCUCCUGAAAGGUUUGCGUAUCCCACUUUAUAAAGUAUAAUGCAUCUCUUUUUCAUUUUUGUAAAGGUGAUUAAGAGUAGUACUCUGUUAUGGAGAAAUCAGAAGUUAUGAGUGAUUCUCUGUAUUGUUGUAAUAUUUAAACUACC